AAAAAGCGCGCGUAGUUUGUAGUGUUGACAGACUAUAUACAAGUAAAAUGCCAUGGGAUGUUGUAAACUCGGACUUUGGGGGAGAGGAAACUGUGAACUUUGGUCCCCGAGAGGAGUCUGGAUCGGCGCUGUAUCAGAUCGAUACUCUUGCUACUAUAACAUCUCAAGAAAAGGAGACAGAAAUUCCCCACAUUGUGAGCUCGGUGGUUGGAGAAUUAGCGUGCCUAUCAGUAGACUAUCAUGUCUCCGUGUUCACGGAUUGCCAACACACAACCACACUGGCCUAUGAUGCUGUUGUGGAAGAAAUAGCCCUCAGUCCUCUUCCUGAUGAGGAGAUGAUGAUUCUGGGGGACUCCUCCGGGAGACUUCACAUCCUGGACAUUGAAACUUCCAAAGUGACUUUCUCUCAUAUUGUCACACCUCCCAACAAAGUCGGGAAAACAUUCUGUCGGAUUAAGUGUGUUGAUGCUGGAGAAGGUUUGUACAAUUUAUUUGUACUGGCUACCAGUGGGGAGGUGACUAUAUUGCAGAAUUUUAAUAAAGAAACAUUUCAGGCAGGGGGAGCUGAAAUCCGGGCAGUGUUAAAGGACAGGCUAGUUAGGGCUAGUGUUAGCUCUGUGCAUACCUGUGUUGCAGACUUAGCAUGCUUCAGUGACAGCUUUAUUACAAUGGGAAAUGGAGAUGGAAUUCUGGGAGUUUGGGAAUGGGAGAAUGGAGAGCCAGUUCUGGAUGAAGUGGUGGGAGCUGACUUCAUCUCUGCUAAUGGAAUCACUCAAGGAAAAGUCACCAGUGAUGGAAAUUUCUUUUUCUCGUUGGAUUCCAAGAAUAAUUUGUGCCUCUGGAACACCCAGGCCUGGUUUAUUCUGCAACAGUGGACAGACUUCAGAGUGCAGGAAUUUCAGUUACUUGAGACCAGAGAAGCUCAAAAUCACGGUUUACAGGAUAUGAGGCUGGCUAUGAUCACCAAAUCAGCAGAGGGUCACAGUACACUCAUGAUUCAAAGUCUGCCGAGCUUUGAGAAUAUCUACAAUCUACAGCUCAAUGCUCCAUGCUUUAUUUCUGAAUGUCUGCCAUUACAGGAUAAUUUGUUUAUAGUGGAGUGUUGUCUUGAUGAGAGGUGUCCCAAUGUAAUUUCAACUGUGAGAUUCCGUUGUUUGACAGAAACAAACCCCGAAACCAGGUUGUAUCGCAUGCUUUCCAAGAAGAAGUUUGAGGAGGCUGUUAUGUUUGCCAAGAUGUAUCAUUUGGAAAUUGAUCAUGUGUACAAAGUGAAGGUGAAUUACCUCCUGGAGCAGUUGUCUCCCUGGAAUGUGAGGAGAUAUGAGGAAGACAUCAUUAAUGACCUGAUCAAACAGCUCUGGGAAUGCCUGCAAUUUGUAAAGGAAGACUUGGAGCUGUUGGAGAAUAUCAUGAAUUCUGCCCUCCCUAGUUACCAACUCGCACAACAAAUGUUGGAACACUGCAAGAAAAUGUUACUGGAAUUCCCAGAACAAAAGUUGGACACAAGAGGAAAAAACAAGCAGCGCAGCUUAAUUACAAAGCUGAAUGAAAUUUCUCGGCGGUUGAACACAUAUCACAUGGCGUAUGGCUCAAGUCUGUACAGUGCUGAUAACUGGGAGCAUUUCAGAAGGGCUGAUCUCGUGGAAGAAGCUCUGCUCAAUAUGAGAACAGAGAACCUUAAUGUGGGGAUCACCAUCUGGCUACAACAUCAGACAGAGUGGGAGAGAGAUGUGAAAGCCGAUAUUGUGGAUGCCUUCUUGUCCUACAUACCACAGAAACUGAGAGCGGUGGAGAUCUUGGGCAUUCUGAGGGACAGCAUCAUACCUUAUGUUAUACGGGUCAUUCCACAGAAACUGGAAAGCUUGAUUUCAUGGGUCAUUCGAAAAGCCACCAAUAUGGAACUCACGGAAAAGGCGACCUGGCCAAUGAACGGUUUGGAGUUUAUGAGGUCCAUCUACCAUUGCCUGUGUCAGCAUCUGGAGAUUCAUUACACCAAGGACACAUGUGACCAGUCCGACCUGGUCAGCAAGACAAAAAUCAACAUUGCGGCAGUUGUGGACCCUGUGAGAAGACUGAUCACAAACUUGCAGCAUUUACACGACCUCCACCACAAAUAUAAGUGCUUCCUCACCUUUGGACAGUUCUUAGCUGAAACCACAGAAUCAGUGACUUUUAGAAUGCUUGAUAACGUGGUUGCCUUGGAGAUGAUUCAGACCCGCCUGACUCAACAAAUCAGACCAUACAUGAAGGAGCAUCACUUGAAGGAGGACAAGGUCUUCACUAAAUAUGUCAAGGACUUACUAGAGAGAAGUAUGGGAAUGACCUCAUUCUAUGAAGAAGCGCCGUGGGAGGCCAAGGUCAUAGCAGUCAUCGGCUGUAUUAAAGAUUCCCGGUCUAAGUGUGAGGCAAUCCUAGAGACGAUGAAGAUGGCUCAUAUUCCUUUAUCAGGGCAGAUCGAGAAUCUGAUACAGGAGGGCAUGAAGAUGGAACACCCCAAGGCCACAGAGAUCCAGGAGCAGUACAAAAUGGUGACUGUCAGAAAACUGGUUCUUAAGUAUGGUGUGAACCGGGUACCAGACAUGCAGUCCAGCCAGAACCUGAUUAAGUACAUCCUGUUACAAGACAUAGCAGACUGUGUGGAUGAUGCCCUUAGUGUGAUGGAGGCCUAUGGCAACACUGAGUAUGAACAAGAAAUCUAUCUGUUCAAGUGCAGGGAUCUUAUUCACAAAAACAAGCUACACGAAUGUAUGGAGCUCCUUCGGCAAUGCCCUGCCCAUGUGACUCUGACGUGCUGUCAUCAUCUGAUUGCAUUUAUCAUUGUCUCUCUCAAAGACCCGGUUAUCUUGGACAAAAAUGUGUGCUUUCUGAGAAAACAGCUACAAUGUGAGGCUGGAAUUUACCUAAUUAAAUUCACAAUUAGCAGAAUACAAGAUCGAUUUCAGGUGGAAGAAUUGGAAUUGUUGCUGUUUAAUCUGAAUAAUGUCCACGCAUUGCUGAAAGAAUUUUCCAUUUAUCUAACACUUGAUCAAUAUAUGAAGCCAGAUGUCAGAUGGAACACUCUGGUCAGUCACUUGAAGGAGUCCUUGAAAAAGAAUAGCAGAAGUUAUGCAGAGGCAUAUAGACUGGCAGAGAUUCUGCAGAUAUCCAACAUUGAAAUCGAGGGAGAAUUGACUAUGCAAGCUUUUAAAAGAGGAGAAUUGAAAGAGGCUCUCAAAAUUUGCAAGAAACUUCUGGACUCCGAUCCUUCAGAGAAAAUGGCCGAGAUUUUUUACAAUGUAGCGAAGGUGCUGCAAGGAAUUGUAGCUGGGUCUGAAAAUAGCAUGGAGAGCUUUCGAAUUCUUCCCAAGAUCACCCAUCAGCUGGUGUGUAAGGCUUUGGUUGUGUGCUCUCCGAGUCUUCUGCCGAGACUGCUUGCGCUCAGUAAAGUCACGAGUAUGUGCGAGUCAGUGGACAGACAGUGUGAGGCAGCCAGUGCGAGUCAGGAUGAGAUUUGGGAGGGAGUUGGUCAGAGUAAGGUAGUGGACAGGGACUGGAGAAUUGACAACGCGUUUCAGGACGAUGCUCUCGUGAUGAAUUCUCAUAUUGCCCUCCCUCUCAUCAUAAGAUAUUCCAUGUCAGACCCAGGAAUCAUGUCUAAAGAAACGGACAGCAAACCUGACUUGGCUGCCCUGAUGCAGAGAGUGUUACCUGUCCUUCAACUUCUCAAGGACAAUAGUCAUCACCUGCUGGCUCUUCAGUUUGCCCUUCAUAUGACCUUCACCACCAUGGAAACCAUCGUAACUCCAUGUACCACAGAAAACCAGGACUCCAUUAACCCUCUGUCUUUCCCAGCUCUGAGACAGCUGGUGCAACAAAGUUAUUCUUACCUCAAAGAUUUCACCUCGGCUCUUCUCAUGAAGGUCUUCAACUGUCAAGAAGUUGACUACAGACUAGCUCUGGCCUUACUUGUCAACCGACCAAAGAACGAGGGGCAGAAAAUGCUGAUGAGUUUAAUCAAAGCCUCAGGACACAAGUACAAUAAACUGAAAGCUAUGGGUAGUGUUGGUAUUGGCAUGGGUCAGCUUUACAGAGAGGUGUCUGUGAUUGAGGUGUGCGAGAAACUCAAAAAGAAUGCCACUUGGGGGCACAGACUUGGCAAAAUGAAGAUAAAUUUCAGUGAUGUUUUUGGAAAUACGGAUUCUGAAAAAAGUAAGCUUCUUCCUCAACUUGUCCAGUGUGAAACUACCAGUGUGGCGCUGAUCCAGGAAUUCUGCAGGAUGUUUCGCUUGGACGAGGAUGAAGCACUGAUGCUGUAUUUAGAUCGUGUAUUUGCCACACCUGAAUCUCAAAAUCUUUUAAAUGGAUUGUCGAAGUUGGACAAGGCUCGCACUGCCAUCAGAGAAAUCACUGCCAAAGAUGGUCUGAUGAAGAAACUGGUUGCCAUGUACAGCAAGACAGAUUCUUAUGAUUAUGAAACCUUGGCUUUCCUGUUGAAUGAAAUGCAAAGAUUGGAGAUACAGAUGAAUAAGCUUCACCCAGAAAAGGCAUUGCCAUUGUUAAACUACUUGAUUGUGUACAAGAGGAAGUCAGAGCCAUCAAAAUACGAGUUACAGCACCACUCAGGCGAGAACAGAGAUGAACUCCAGAUUAUGGAAUGCCUUCCGCCUGCCAGCAAACACCGACUUCCAUUUCACCCGCUCGUGAAUGACAACCCCUGGCAAAUCAUCACUCCCGAGUUAACCAUGGAAACUGUGGCCACAUGGCUGAAUAUGGCACCUCUGUUACAUCUGGACUGUGACCAGUUGUACAUGAUGACCAUCAGAAACAUGGUUCAGAGACACGUUAACAUGGUGAAGAAAUCGGGCCACCAGCCGGGCAGUAACGCGGUGGACAAGGCCCUCUGGAACUGGGAAAAGAAGGACGCCAACUCUGAACUCAUCAACAACGUGCAGGAACUGCUGAAGAAUGUCUCUAACUGUGAGACUGCAUUGGCUUGUGCCAAGUGGAUGGUGGCAGAGCUACCCCUAGGAGCAGAGAAAGUGCUGGCUCUGAGAGGCUGCCUGACAUACUCUGAGCUGUGGUACAAAUCAUUACCUACUGAUAACCCUACCAAAGAGAAAGCAAAGGAAGCAUACAAAAAGUUUCUGGGAGCUUAUCAGCGUCUGGCGACAGAACAGAUACUGUUCGUAAACAAAAUAGGGGAACCAGACUUAGUUCAAGUGGCGGGAAACCCUGGCAAAUUGAUUCCCAAACUGUAUGAACACCACAGUAUUACACAGACAGACCCCCUGCAGCCAAGACCAGAUAUCCAUAAAGUGGCUGAAGAGAUAGCAGUAGUUACCCACACUGACCUUCACAAAGUGAGGCUGACCCUCAUCAGCCAAUGGCUGCCCUCCUCCUCAUCCAAACAGGCGGACGGGGAGUCGACAGUAACAUUUAACUUUGAAAAUUUGAAGUUGGCAGAACGGAGUAUAAUGGAUGAUGCAGAAGAUGAACAUCUUAACUUAAAAAGAGUUCUGUACCUACUUCAACAAGGAUCAGUAGAAGAAAAUGUCACAUUUCUUUUGAACUUUGUAUUUGAGAAUCAGAAUGCUGGUGAAAUGACAUCCAUCACCCACAUGUGUAAGAUGAGAGCCCUGCAUUGUUUGUUGGAAUUACGUCGGGAAAGAGUGGUGCAGGAGAUGUGUGGACGCAGCAUUGAGGACCUCAGGAACCUGCUGAAGACUCUGAGUUACUUGAUAGCCCUGGAGAAACUUCACAUUCUUCACUCUGUGCAGACAUUUGAAUCCUCUAACAAGGAGGGACUGAUCAAAGGAAUCUGGAGAAACCACAGCCAUCAGAAAUCUGCCUGUAUGCUGGUCGCUGCUUUGUGUCUGGACUACAAAGUUUAUGAUAUCCAGAUCUGGAACGGAGUUUUACAACAGCUGGUUCACUUUGGAUUGAUGGACCAGUUGGAGUAUGUGUUGGGGAGGUUGAGUGCAGCACCAGAAGUGUGGCAGGCACCCAUGUUCUCUCAGGCAUGGCAGACCAUGCUCAUCACACCACUUACAAAAGUUGUUGCCCCUUUAACGGAUGACCAACUGGAGACGUGUGUUCAUAUUUUUAAUUUGAUAUCCAGGUGCCCCACGCUCACUGGCGCCAACAUAACGACAGUACUGAUGCAGCAGUACUUAAAGUUGGAGCUGCCACUGUGUGCUUUUGCUACUCUGCUUCUGUCAACAGACAACUCGGUCCAGGAACGACAGGAGAUCUUAAAGCAGCACAAACUUGGCUUACUUGCAGACAGCGAAAAGCUGAUGAAGCAUGGAAUGAUUUCAGUGAUUAUCAAAAAGGUGGAGGAAGCCGUCUUUCAGUACCUCCUAGAUACAGAAGAUUUCCAAGAAAUUUCUGGAUCACCGUUUUCAAAAUCAUUUUUUAAGUUUGCGGUAGAAAAUGGCAACAUUGAUGGCAUCCUGCAGUUUGCUGUCCGGCAUAAACAAAUAAAGGAAGCUGCUUUGUUAUUGGAGAGGUUGUGUGGCCACAAUGCUCUGUUGUCAAAAAGGUUGGAUCCUUAUAAAGAAGACAGUAGAUUUAUGCUCAAGAAAUAUUUAGAAAUGCAAGGAAUGACUGAGAUUCACAGAAUGGUAUAGGACAUCUUGGAUUCUAACAUGUGUAGACUGAUCACUCCUCGGAGAAUACCAUAAAGUAAUAUUGAAAUUAAGGGGGGGGGGGGGGGGGGACAAAAAAAAAUUGUGACCCAAACUAGAGUGACAUGGUUACACCUUUCCAUCAAUUCUGUUGUGAAUUUAAGACAGAAUAUUUUAGGAAAAGAGGUUAUAUGGAUGCACAUAGAUGUUUAAUCUUUGUAUAGAGAUGAAAUGUAUUAUAUUCAACUAUUAAUAUAUUUGAUGUUUUAUGUUGUGACGAGAGAAUGUUUUUGAGUACAGAUGUUUUGUUUUGUCAUUUCUUAAUCACAUUUGAUACUAGAAUGUAAUACUCACAAAAAGACAAAAGUAUAGAGAAAUAGAGUUACCCUGGUUGUUUACAAAAUUAAGCUGUUUUGAUAUUUUUGUAUAUCUUAAGAAAAGAUAACUCCUAAUACAAUGUAUUCCAUGUUUUAUAAACAAUAAAAUGCUUCAGACAUUAUUCUC